UUUGGUCCGGACGAGUGUAUCAUGUCAGAGGAGGAAUGUUCAUACAAUGAGGGUCUGUGUAUUGUAGUUCCGCUAUUGCCUCGGUGCACCACACGGACAAACGAUUGUCAAUGGACUAUGUGAGACGGAUCUCAAUCGGUUUAUGCGACGGCUUCCUGCGCCUCGGCUGCGUGCUUUUCUCACUUGUAAUUUGCAACCAGAGCCUCGUUGUUGUCCGGGUGGAAGAGAGAAGGACAGAGAGAAAGGACUAAUUUCCAAAGGAAAAAAAAAAUGCCGUGAGUCUUGAAGUUUAGUGGGGUUUUGUGCGUCUGUAGAUUCUCCUAUUUUGGCGACCAUUCGCUCACUUUGAUUAUUAUUAUUAUUUUAUAUGUAUAGUUGGCAGCCUUACUCUUUUUUGAGUGGGGGAGGAAUAUUAAAUAAGUGUGGCACGUUUGAGAUAAAGUACGCUGACAGUGUGCCAGGGAUGUGCCCAUCGAUGGAGCCGAAGUUGUGCGUGCUAGGGUUUUGAAUCAUCCGAGGGGAUUCAUACUGAAUAUAAUUCAUCUGUGAGCAGAGGUCGAGUCGUUAAGCAAGAGCGGAUUAAUUCCAGCUGUGAGUGCGGGAGUCUCUCCAUGUUUGUAAAUCAUUACAGUUUUAAUUAUAAGCCGACCGAGUAACACCCCUGAGGAAGAGAUUACUAAUCAAAUUCUGUAACAUUUGGACUUUCUGAUGCCUCUGUAGAGCGGCAGUGUGAGUUCAUACUUACCUUAUCUCACUUUAUAGCUCAGUGUUUUUUAAUAUUCUGCGUUACUAUAACAUUUUCUAUCAGAUGAGAAGAUAACUGUGCGACACGUUUUUCAAUAAAUAUCACAGGCUACAUCGUGUUCCCCCCCUCAAGUGACUUAGUGCGUGCAGUACAGUCGUUUUCCUUCCACAUGGGAUCAUAGCUGAGUCCGCACGUCUUGUUUUCUUCCAUGCCCGUGCUGUGGUCCAUUAUUAGCUCAGUGGACCUCAGUCUCCAUAAACUUGUCGGGGACCCGCGGGCAUGGGAGAGGCGACCCCUGCUCAGUCCGCUGCAGGGGCAUUCGUACCCAUGUUGGGUGUCGGUUUAGGAGCCAUGCCCGGUGGGGUCGGCGGCGGGCCGGUGGUGGCCACCUCUCGGGGCUCCGCGGUGCCACAGCUCCACAACGCCAUCGUGGAGCGUUUGCGCGCCCGCAUAGAGCUGUGCAGGAGGCACCACUCCACCUGCGAGAACCGCUACCAGAGGGGUCAGGCCGAGAGCUCGGACCGGGAGCACGAGAACACGCUUCACCUGCUCAACAUUGUCCACCAAGGGCCUGGGAACCGAAAGGCAAAGGGCAGCCGGGGAUCGAACCAGCAGCCUCCCGAGUACAGCAGGGCCAACGGAGAGCAGAAGGGCGCAGAGGGCGAGCAGAAGAUUUCCACCCGCAUAGCGCUUCAAGGAUCCUUACGAAGGAAGAUUGAGGGAAAUGCACCAGGACACACACCAAAGCAGAAUGGUCUCUCCUGCGGUUAUUCUGGAUCAGACUUUAAGCGGGUCCGUAUGGAUACCGGUGGUCUGGGACAUGGGCCCUGCAACCAUAGCUUAGCCCAGUCUCACUCCCUACAAGGGUCCUCAACCAUGGGCCUGCAGAGGAAGAGUUACAUGAUGCCCCAUGGAGUGGGGUCAGACAUAUUCAACAUGACCCUGAAAGAAAUGAAAAAAGAGCCCACUGAGGUCCAGUCCUGUGGCCAGUCGAACGCAGACAUGAUUUUUGACUUCAAAGAUGAAGGUGGUGGUCAGAUUGACCCAGACCUCCAGGAUCUUUUUGAUGAGCUGACUAAGUCAGUGCCAACACUGAAUGACCUGGAGUUUGAGAAGAUACUGAAGCAGGAUGAUACAUUCGGCUUGGAUCUCGGUCGGCCAAGCUCAGCAGGAGCGGCUGCCAGUCUUUGUUCCCCGAUGGAGAGGCCGAUAAAGAUGGAGCACUCCCCAGAUUUUGGCCAGGUUCAUGGUGGCUCGCCGCAGCUUCGACCAGCCUCAGCAGGACCCUCUUUCACGUUGACCAGCACCUCCUCUACCACCACGUCACAGAAAGCUAAUACUCAGGCAGCGCAGCCCAGAGCCAUGCCCUGCUGGCCAGAAAUAUCUCACGCCGAACAGCUGAAGCAGAUGGCAGCAAACCAGCAACAGCCAAGCUCUCUGCUCCAUCACCACCACCAAACACCACCUGCGGGAUUGACCAGCUGGGCUCCUGCCAUGAGUACCCACUCCUCCACCAGCGCCUUUCCCCAGGACAAGGUCUCCAGCCCGGCUGCACUUGGCCAGCAGAGGAUUGGCUCCCAGAGUAAAGGGAUCAACAACUGCCUCUUCAAGUCGAAUGGUCACAAUGGCUCCCAUCAUUUGGACAUGAAGGUUCUCAGCACCAAGCCCACGUUGCACUUCAGCCCUAAAGCACCCCAUUCUGUCAGCCAGCCGAUGCCUAUCAUGGCAAGCUCAGUGAACAAGACCUCAGCCCAGCAGCAACAGCAGCAACAGUCACCAUCGACUGGCCAGAAUCAGCCACAUUCGGCUCUCCACUUCCAGAACCAACAGAUCUCCACGUCAGCGGCUCUCUGUCUGCCACCCAAGUCUGUUCCUGCAGGGCUGCCGUUCAAACUAUCACAACAGCGACAGGGUGUUCCUCCCGGCCCGAGGAUGCCCACCAACGGAAGCUUAGGAGUCAUGUCGGCCCAGUCGCAGCCGCGGCCCCCAGCACCCAGCAACCAGCAGAAAGGCCCCGCCAAAACUCAGGCCAUGCAGCGACAGCUCAACCAACCGCAGCACCCCAUCAGCAAUUCAGAUAAAGACAGUGCACAUGAUCAGUUCAGUCGUCAUCUCACGAGGCCGCCGCCUGAUUACAAGCAGUCAAGAAGUAUGGUGGGAGUUCAGCAAGGAAGCAUCUUCACAGGUCAAAACUCCUCCCAGUCUUCGGGCAGUGGUCCUGAGAAUGACCUACAGUCUAUGUCUUGUCACCUCCCAAGUAGAUCUGCUACAAAAAUGAGUCCUUCGCCACCGGACCGCCGGUUUGGUAUGGGGAAUGAUUGUCAUCCGAGCUCUUGUAUCGGCCAGUUCCAGCAGCAUAACAAUCAGAAUCGAAUUGGACUCAAUCCGAAUAAAGCCAGGUUCCUGGGGCCAAACGCACACGGAAAUUCUUUUGUGAUAAACAAUAACGCAGCAGGUGUGCAACACCCGAGAACGACGGCUGACCUGCACUCCUCAGGGGUGCCGGGACAGGGUCUAGGAGGCCUGAUGAAAAACGUCAACAUGGGCUGGGGCACAGCCAACAAGCAAGUGACAGCCGGACUCAGUGUUAGGCGGCUACCCAAUCCACUACAGUCUCAGGGUGCACAGCUGGACAUGCCAAACCAUCCGUACCAACAGAGACACAUCGGCCCUCCCAACCAGGUAGCACCUGACAUCGGGAUGCUCCCUCAUAACCCUGCGAUAAGAGACACAGGCCCAAGACCGAGCCAGCCUCUGAUUGGAUCUCCAUCAGCAGUGGGGAGCCUGAACCAGGCCUCCCCUGAGCAGAGGGUACCAGCAGGCAACUUUGCAGAGCCCAGUCCCAGCUCGAGCAGCUACCAGAAUAACCGGGCCAACCGUCUGACCUUUGACUUCCUCCCCGAGGGAGACAACACAGUUCCAGGGAUCAACACGGACUCAGACUUCAUAGACUCUCUGCUCAAGUCUGGCUCUGGGAACGAUGAUUGGAUGAAAGAUAUAAAUCUGGAUGAGAUUCUGGGCAGUCACUCAUGAAUUUUGGGUCAUCGAUUGCUAAAAAAAAAUCAUAGAGGUUAUGUAUGUAAGAUGUGAGGGGUAACAUUUUUUAAAAUGAUGUUAAAAUGGAAUUUUAUAAACUCAUAUUAUUUGUUUUAUUCAAGUAUACUGUAUUGUUUUGUAUUGUAUUUACUGUGAAAGGAAUUUGUGUUCUGUCCUUAGUACUCAGCAUAUUUUACUCCCGGUAUAUCGGCCAAGAAACUGCUUUUCUCUGCAGUCACUGUUUCCGUGGUCUCUUUGUCAUACUCAUGCUGUAGUGCUGUCGUAGAGGAUAAAAUACCAACUUCACACUGUGAAAAGAAAACAUUGCUGUGUUGCUUUCAAGUUUCUAAAUCUGCAUCCACUAUUUAGCAUGACAUGGUAUUAACCUUAACAAGUUUUGCUACCAUACACACAGAGAAUCUUGCCACAACAGAUGUUUUCUUACUUAUCGUUCAAGCUCUUUCAUCUGUGGUAGUUUUUGAUGCGAUUUUAAAAAAAAAUGUAACCAUUAGUUUUUUUGUUUUUUUUCAUGUGAUAUUUAAUAAUUAUUGGGAUAGUAAUGAUACAUUAUAAUACAUGUAAUUAAUAAAAUUGAUUUGAAUAAAUGAAUAAAUAAAAAGCCUUGUUCCUUCUUUGAUAGAUGCUUUGAUUUGCAAUCUAAAGCAAAAAUAAAACUGCUUUAUGAAAAGAAGUGUUCUCUGUGGCUUAUAUUAUUAAAAAAUAAUUAUUGUAUAGUGUGUUAAAAUCUUCCAAAUCCCAAUUUUUUCCUUGCCCCAAGGCCCCCGUUAAUGCAUUAAAUUUGUAUGAAUGACUUGAAGUAUAAGGAAUUGUU